UCAUCCUGAAAACGUCCCGCUUACAACUUGUGGGAACAGCUAUGACAUACACGCACUUACAUGGUCAGCUCUGAGGUGACAUGUAGAAGAAGCUGGUUGAAGUAUCUGGUUCGAGAAACUUUUACACGAACGGCCUGUAACUCUUGAGAAGUUUUGCAGCAACAGUGUUUUACUCCUCUACGAGCUCCUUGAAGACAACAACGCUGAAAUCUUGGACCGUUCUUCAGAACUUCUGAACCUGACGUUACCCUGUCAGUCCCUUGUGGUUUGAUCAACGUUUGACAAACAUGGGAAGUAAGACCCUUCCAGCUCCAGUCCCGCUCCAUCCAUCCUUGCAGCUGGCCAACUACUCCCUUCUGCAGACGUCCAACGGCUUCCAGCUCCCGUCGGACCACGUGCCCAGCAUCUACAGUUUCAGUGCCCUGCACGCCGUACACCUGCAUCAGUGGACUCUGGGCUACCCGCCCUUUGCCCUGCCCCGCUGCACUUUCUCCAAGCUUCCUGGCUUGGUAGAUGCCCGGUUUCCCCUGCCCUCCAUCCCUCUCUUUCCACACCUGGUCCAGCCAAACAAGCAGGACUCCUCGGGGAACGGCCCUGGCAGCACUGGCAGCGGUUCCUCCAAGAACAAGCCCCGGUUCGACUUUGCCAACCUGGCAGCUGCUGCAACCCAGGAGGACCCCCUGAAGGCGGAGGAUCUGAGUGCCAGCGCGCAGACGCCCCAUCCGCCCACACUGGGCUGCCUGCUGGACGUGGCCAAGCUCUCCCCGGAGAGGAAGCCCAGCCGAGGGCGCCUGCCGUCCAAGACCAAGAAGGAGUUUGUGUGCAAGUUCUGCGGACGUCAUUUCACAAAGUCCUACAACCUGCUGAUUCACGAGCGCACACACACAGACGAGAGGCCAUACACCUGCGACAUCUGCCACAAAGCCUUCCGGCGACAGGAUCACUUGAGAGAUCACAGAUACAUUCACUCAAAAGAGAAGCCUUUUAAAUGCCAAGAGUGCGGGAAGGGAUUCUGUCAGUCGAGGACGCUGGCGGUCCACAAAACAUUGCACAUGCAGGUCAAGGAGCUGAAGCCUGCCAAGAUAAAGUGACGUCAACGGCCAAAACAAACAAGCGUUACGGGGACACUGGAAGAACAACGACCAGCAAAAAUGACAAGGCACAGAGACAGCAUUGUUCCUGGGCAACAUGAACAUAGUGUAAACUAUACACAUUUUGAUCACACCAAAGAGGGAUAUGUGAAAGUAUUCCGAGAAAAAAGGGACAGAAAUUCUUGUAUCAUGGAGAGACAGCAAUUCUUCUGCCAAAAGUGCUAUUGAAUAACCUGGAAUUUAAAUAAUGCGCCGAGACUCAACAGAAGGGACACAUUGGACUUUUUUUUCACAAUACUGUGUCGGCUGUUUUGUUUUCGGGGUUUGUAAAAACUGUUUUGUUUGGAGAACUCUUGUCAUGGGUUACAGUGUAAGAGGUUAUUGGGAAAAGACCCGCGGUCAGAAUUAGAAUGGAUCCAUUGAAUGUGAUCUUGGUCCUUGUGUUGACUCUGCCCUGGACAGGUUAUUCUGUUGUUGUUCAGAGGCAUGUAUGAAAUGAAAUACGCAGUCCUUAGCAGUAUCUGCAAGCUUAUGGUGACGGCCAAUGACACAUAGCCAUUGUCUCUUCUGUGAGAAAUCAACAUUCCAUUGUAAUUUUUGUACAGAUUUUCCUUUUUGUAUAACUGUUAUUUGGCACUUUAACCUGAUUAUUGUUUAUUUACAUAUAUCACUGGAUCCCCUAAACUUAUUUUAAGAAAUAAAUAGUCAUUUUCUAAA